AUGGUCAGCCGUAUUCAAGUAGUCAAGCGGCAAACUACGGUUCCUAUCAUUGCAGAUGAAGAUACUGGAUAUGGUUCUCCCGUAAAUGUUAGGCGCACAGUCCAAGGGUUUGCUAUGGCGGGCGCAGCGGGUAUUAUGAUCGAGGACCAGACUUGGCCGAAGCGAUGUGGCCAUACUAAAGGGACACGUGUGGUGUCCAGGGACGAGGCGUUCGUACAGAUCCAAGCGGCUGUGGACGCCCGCAAUGAAGGAGUCGACAUCGUUAUCAUCGCUCGCACAGAUUCUUAUAUCCUCGGAUGGGAUGAGGCAGUUUAUCGAGCAAAGAAGUUCGUUGAGAUUAGAGCAGGCAUGGUUUUCGUAGAGGCUCUUCCAGAUAGAGAGACUAUGGAGAAGACGGUCGAGGCCCUUAACUUCCCCAUCAUGGCUAACAUCAUUGAAGGCGGCUUGACAGAUAAUGUCUCAGCUGAAGAGCUUGGAAAACUUGGCUUCUCGAUAGUGGUAUAUCCCUUUACAAUGGUAGCAGCUAGAGUCGAGGCUGUAAGGGAGGCAUUGGAGUCUUUGAAAGUGAGUUUCAUAGCUGGGGCACCUCCACGUAUCAUACCUAUCGAAGAAGUAUGUGAAGCUGUUGACUUCAACAAGCGUUGGGAGCUUGAAGAGAAGUAUGAAUAUUAG